CAGUAAAAGAGCCAGGAGCAGCUCGUUUCCAUGGUAACCUGCGGAAGCGGCCAUGUCUUCCUUCGGGGACGGAGAGACGCAGCCCCGCCGCACUUUCCACCUUCUGCCUCAGAAAAGCUUCCCAGCUUUGGAGAGCAGGGGCGUCCGAGAUAGCCUUCUCAAAUGGUCCAUGGAUGGUAGAAUCACAGUACAGGCAUUCAGUUUUGAUCAGAAUUUCAAAGGCUAUCAGCGGGAUGAUUUUCUUAUGGACUUUUUUAACCACUCAGAUGUUAACAAUAAUUUGAAGUUGCUUUCAUCUUCUGGACAAUGGACUACAUUAGGUACUAAUGUGAGAAAAGUGGAAGUCCAGAAUAUUCUGUGUACUCAAGUUUCUAUGUCAUUUUUUGAUCGAUUAUACUGUGAUGGGGUGGUUCGAGAAAAUGGAAAUAUUGUCAAGUGUUUUGAUGAAUAUCAUGAGGAUAUUCUUAUUGCAGAUGAAUUAAGGAAGGUACUUCUUCUUGAAGAUUCAGACCACUAUGACUUAUUUAGCCAGUCGGACCGUGAUGAGUUUCUCUUCUGUCUUUUUAAACAUCUUUGCAUUGGAGGAGCCCUUUGUCAAUAUGAAGAUGAACUUGGGCCAUAUUUAGAAACAACAAAGGCUUUAUAUAAAGAUCUAGUGAGUGUUCAAAAGGGUCCUGAAACAAAGGAAAUAAAAAUAAUAUCUACUGUCUUCAAAGUCUGGGCGCAUGAUGCUCAUGGCCUUUGUUAUCCGUCAUCCAACAGACAUGAGCAGAAUUUUGCCUAUUUGAUCGUGAAUCCUUUGAAACGACACAUUUAUGUUUUGUACCAUUCUUUUGGUGGAGCUUUGUUCUGUAAUUGACUGUUUUUAUUCCUCAAGUGUAUUUGAUGAAUAGAUGGAUUCUCCUUAAAUAUAGAUUUGUCAGGAUUCUUUUCAAAGAGAUCUAUUAUAUCCUGCCUACGAAGACUCUUGUUUGAAACUAUCAUAUUAACAUUUACAUUUGUGUUUUUUAACCAUAAAUAAAAACUUUUAAAAUGUUGUGUACAUAUA